GGCUUCGAAUUUAUGAAUCGAUUUACGCGAGUUGAGUUAACUUCUUCACUGCGGCCAGUAUUAGCAGCUAACGAAACUAUUCUUGCGACACAGGAUAAUGUAGGACUCUAUGAUGGUAAUGAGAAGUCUGUCGAGUAUGCAAACGGCGUAGCUUAUUUGACCACACAUCGAGUGGUGUACGUAGAUUCACGAAAUCCAACAACACAUUCACAUGCAGCUGAAUUAAGACUCAUUAAAGGAAGAGAAUUUUAUGCUGGUUUUGGAAUAGUAAAAUCUUCACCAAAAAUUACCUUGAAAUUCUCGGAAUCAGUACUGCCAGACAAUAAUAUUUAUUCUGGCUCUCCUUAUUCAUCAACUACCUCUUUGCCAACUACAUUAUUGUCGUCCUGGCUUUGUCCGAUAUGUUCAUAUAAGAACCAACAAGAGGACGUUAAAUGUAGACUGUGUGGUGUUAAGCGAUCAGAAGAUUCUAUGAUUUCCCCAACUUCUCAGGAUAGAUACCCUCACUCAAAGGAGAGCGUUGACUCUACCUCGUCAUAUGAUCAAUCAUCCGAUGAAAUUGGAAUCGAGUGCCCAAAAUGCACGUUCUUGAACCAUCCAAGUAUGAAUGAGUGUGAGAUGUGUGGUACCAAAUUAGGAAUUUAUGAUAUAGAAGGGGACAUUGCGGAGUUAACAAAUAUUGCAGAUAAUCUCGGAGACAGACCAGAUUUUGUUAAACUUGCUUUUCGCGGUGGAGGCUCCAAUGCAUUCUAUGAAAAGCUGAAAGUAGCAAUGUCAACUAAGGAAUGGGAGAAAACGACAGGACCUCAAACAAAUGAAUCCAAUUCUGAUCUUAGUCUUGGAGGGAUAAGUGCCAUACUCAAUAAAGCCGAACAAAAUAAAAAAGAACAAGAAGAGACAUUAACACAAGCUUUCAAAGAUUUAGAUGGAUUGAUGGCAAAAGCAGCUGAAGUGGUCAAACUCGUAGAAUCUAUUAACAAUAGAGUAAAUAAGGAGCCAACAGAUUCUGAAAGCUCGAUAGAUGAAACAAAUGCUUUUAGAACUUAUUUACUCGAAUUAGGAAUACCUAAUCCUGUGACCAAGGCGUUUGAUUAUAGGGACUCUGCGGGAUCCAUAUAUCAUAAGGAGUUGGCUCGCGAACUUGCAGAAUUUCUUGAAAAGAUAUUGGUAAAAGAAAAUGGAAUGAUGGCAUUGACAGAUAUUUAUUGCAUUUUUAAUAGAGCACGAGGAGUUUCGUUGAUAUCACCUGACGAUCUAUAUAAAGCCUGCUCUCUUUUUGAAAGCCUGAACUUACCCAUGCGAUUAAGGAACGAUGAACAAACUGCUCAACAUAUUUUGGAAUACAUUAAAACUACCGGACCGUUAACUGCAAUCGAUUUGGCAUCCUUUGAUAAAAUGAGUAUUGCUCUGGCAAUUGAACAACUGCAGAUGGUGGAGGCGAAAGGACUUAUCUGCAGAGAUGAAACCGUUGAGGGAGUUCGGUUUUACGAGAAUUUGAUAAUAAAUUUUAAAUGGGAAAAGCUCGAUUCAUAA